AUGUGAACAAAAUUUGUUAGCAAAAAACUUUUAUAUACUCCGCUCGAAUAUUUUUUAAUAAAUCCUCAUGAAUUAGCAGAGCAAUAUACAAAGGGAUUUAAUUUAUUAGAGUUUAAAGACAGCCCAUUGAGGUAUAUGUUUGAUUUUAUUUUGGAUAAUUAUUCAAAGUAUUGUUCUAAGAGCACAUAUGGCCUAUACUGAUCGAUAAAUAAUAAUUUAUCUAUGCUAGGGUUUAUUAUAGAAGCAUUACAAACCUUUCUCAAACAUCACCAAUAUGGGCCUGCUUAUGAGUUAUUAGACAAUUUAAAAGAGUUUUCAUUCUAUAUUAAAUUAUCCAAGAGUGGUAUAAAUAAUGACAUUGAUAUCAUGCAAUGCUUUUUAGUUUAUCUUACUCCCCCUAUCCUUGAUCGAACUGAUCGCCAUCGUUCGAUCAAGGAUGGGGGUUAAAAAAAAUUUGUUUCCCAAAAAAAUUUAUAUUGUAAUUGCCCGAGGAUGGCGCUAUCUUGCUCCAUCCUCGGGCAAUUUAAAAAAUGGCCCCACACCGGGAAUCGAAUCCACGUGUGGGGCCAUUUUUGGUGCGUGGAAGUCGAUGUUUUCCACUAACCAAAAAUGGCCCCACAUGUGGGUUCAAUUCCCGGUGUGGGGCAAUUACUAUAUAUAAAAUAAAAAAUAAAUAUAUAUUUUUUUUAUUUAAUUUUAAAUAAGAGGGUUAAGAGUAUUUAAUAAUUAUUUUUACAGCAAAAAGUUGAAUUAAUUUCAUAAAAUACCAAUUUUUUAAUAUUUUGAUUUAUUGUUACCCCUUUAAACUGUAUAAAUUUUAAUUUGUUUCUUAUUGAAUUAAAAUUAAAAAUUUUAAAGAAUCUCUGUUUUUUUAGAUUAUUGAGUUUUUAAGCCCAGGCUGAUGACUAAAGCACUUCGAAUGGUUGAUUCCGUAGCUUUUUGUCUUCUUAAAGCCUCUGAAAACAACUUCAUUAGGUACAUUUCCCAAGCUUUUGAUAACUAAUAUAUUUUUAUAUAUAUAAAAAUUUGCAUGAUAUGAAAAUCGUUCGAUCAAGGAUGGGGGGGAGUUAGUCAAAAUUUGGAUUUUGACAUGGAACUGUGAAAUCAAGCAGAAAAUAAUGUUAAAUCGAACGGAAUCCAUAUGUGACAGUUUUUAUUUUUUAAUUUUUUUCAAACGAUUUUUCAAAUAGCGAAUUGCAGGAAGUAUUUUGUGAAGUGCUCUAAAUUUUUGAUUAAUUUAACUAAACUUAACAACUCUGGCCUCCAAUAUUUGCAUAAGAUUUACAAAGAAAUUGCAUUUGGUGAAAGCAAUCUUGAAAAACGAAUAAAAUAUUACACAAAAGCUUAUCACACUCUUGUAAAGAAUAUAAACUUGGUCCUUUCUAAUAAUAGAUCAAAUUUUAUAGAUAUAUAUUUAAUUCUAACAGACAUGAUUGAAGCUUAUGAAACAAAUUAUGAAACUGCAAAGUCCAAAAUUGUCUUCAAUAAAUUCAAACACCUUUUAAAAAAAAAAUUCCCUCCAAAAUCUACAGAAGAAUUUUGUUGAUUUUUAUUCUGUUUUGGAAAAAUCUUCUAUUUGAAAAACGAUUAUAAAUCUGCACUAGAAUAUUUAGAAAGAUCUUUAAAAGAAAUGAAAAAACGAAAAUAUGUUGAAAAUUAUUUAUUUUGCUCAAUUAAUUAUUAUCUUGGACUUGCAUUCUUCAAAGAAGGCAACUAUGAAUUAGCUAUCAAAAAGAUUUAUAGCUCCAAAAGAAUCCUAGAGGCACAAUUGCCUAAAGAGAGUGAAUUUGCUAUAAAAUUAAAUAGAGCUUUAGGGCGCAUUUAUAUGUCCCGGCAUUGAUGUGAUGAAGCUCUAAAAUAUUUCAAAUUAAUAAAAGAGUCAGGAGAAUACAAUGAUUAUAGGAUUGAUUAUUGAAUUGGAGAAAUAUAUUAUAAAAAAGGAGAAAUUGAUAGACCUUUGAAUAUAUUUGAAAAUUAUUUGUCAUUACUUCUUGAAAGUGAUCAUGAGAGUGCCUCUAAGGCUAAUGAAAUUAUAUUGCUUUAUAAUUAUAUUGCAAAUUUAUAUAAUAGGCUUGGCAAUUAUGAAAAAUUCAAGUGGUAUACUGAAAAAUGUUUUAAUCUAGUUGAUCAUUGUUUUGGUAAUUCAAUCCUAUCUUUAGAAACUCUUCCAGGCAUUAUUGAGCUCAGUCUGGCAGAAGAGAAUUAUGAGCGAUGUGAAGAUAUUUGCCUGAAAUCAUUGAAAUUUUUUUCAAAUAUAUUAGAUGAAAAUGGUAAAUUUCAUAUACAUAUCUUUCUUUUGAGAGCUUAUGAGCUCAAAGAAAAUUACGAAAUGGCUGACAAAGAAGUGGACUACUUGCAAUUGAAUAUAGGUAAUUUUAGUAAUAAAAAAUAUUAUAUCUCUCAAAUCCUUGGAUUAAUUUCAAUUGCAACGGUAUUUCGAAACAGAAGCAAUUAUAUAAAAGCAGAAGCUUCAUUAAUAGAUGCUAAGCAAAUACAUGAAAGAAAUCUAAAAACUUGAUUAUGACUUAAAAUAGGUGUUUAUGUAGAAAUAGGCGUGCUAUAUAAAGCGAUGGGAAGGCUAGAAGAAUCAGAGCUUUAUUUCCUUAAUGUUUUAGACAUUUACUCAAGCACCUUUUAUGAUACUAAGGCAAUUUUGAAUGCUUAUGCUGGAUUAGCAGAUAUAAAUAGAAUGAAAAAUGACAUUUCGAAACAAAAAUAUUAUUUAUUAAAAUUUAUUGAGCUCUAUAAAGAAAAAAAUUGUAAUCAUCAUCCACUAUAUUAUAUUGUGCUAGUUUUGCUGAUCAAAAUAUGUAAAGAAGAUAAAGAUGAUGUAAAAGGAAUUGCAUGCUGAUUAGAUCUUAAGGAAUAUUUCGACAAAACCUAUCCUGGGAGGAGUGUUGAAUGCGCAGAAAUAUUCGAUGAGAACAAAAAUUUGACAGGCAGAAUAAAUCUUGACAAAUAUUAA